AUGGAUAUUGCCCUUCCUGAAGUGGUGAUGUUCAGGAAUGAAAUGGGUAAUGUUGUUGAACAAAAAGUCGCUUAUGAUUGGAAACUCACUGUGUGUAAGUUUUGCAACAAGUAUGGGGAUUCUAAAGAGGUGUGUAGGAAGAAGAAUCCUUCAAACCCUGUACAAAAUGCGAAGGAGAAACAAGGUGAGAAGGAGCAGGCAACAAUGGAGAAAAUGUGGGAGGCUCGACCAUUCCUCACUCGGGGAAUGGUUAAUUGCCUAGCAUGGAAUGUUAGGGGCCUAAAUGCCCCUAAUAAGCAGAGGGAGGUGAAGCUCCUCUGCAAUAAAUUUAGUGUGUGGAGGUAUACCACAAAUCUGAACUAUCAUUACAAUGGUAGGAUUGUAGUGGUCUGGAGACCUGACUUCUAUAGAGUAACACCUUUAAGUAUGAAUGCACGGGUUUUGUCCUGUGAGGUGUAUUAUAUUCCCAUACAUGCUACAUUUGGAGUAUCCUUUGUGUAUGCAUUUAACACUAAGGAGGAAAAGAAAGGUAUGUGGGAGUAUCUAAAAGAACAUGUAGCAAGCUGCAAAAGCCCAUGGUUGGUUAUAGGUGAUUUCAAUUCUAUUUUAAACAUGGAGGAUAGAAUAAGAGGUAAUAUUGUCUCGUGGGCUAAAGUAAUGGAGUUUAAUAAGUGUAUAGAAGCAUGUGGAUUGAUUGAACUACCUAAUCAAGGGUGCAAAUAUUCAUGGAAUGAUAAACAUAGUGAUCAAGGAAUAUAUUCUAAGAUAGAUUGGGCACUAAUCAAUAAUGAUUGGCUUGAUUCAAUGCCUGAUUGUAAAGCAAUAUUUCUCCCUGAAGGCAUAAGUGACCACUGUCCAGUGAAUGAGAGACAUAGAGGCAGGAAACCUUUUAAGUUCUGUAAUGUAUGGACUCAACAUCCACAAUACUUGGAGCAGGUUGAAAGAGGUUGGAAUAUAGAGAUUGAUGGCUGUAAAAUGUUAAGGGCGGUUAGAAAAUUGAAGUUAUUAAAGAAAACUCUAAGAGUCUUGAACAAAAAUUUCUUCAAGAAUAUUGAGGAUGAAGUAAAAGAGGAUAGGGAAGCUUUAUUGCAAGUUCAGAAGCAGUUACAGCUUAUACCAACAGAUCCAAACGUGCAACAAGAAGAACAUCAGAAAUACCAAAAGUCCAGACAUUCAUCUUACUUAGCUGAGGUCUACUUGCAACAAAAAAGUAAGGCUACAUGGAUAAAAUUAGGAGAUGACAACAUUAGAUACUUCUAUUCAGUCAUCAAACAUAAGAGGCUCCAACAGGCAAUUACUCAAUUAAAGGAUGAUCGGGAUAACUGGUAG